UAAUAACGUUGACAAUUACAACUUUUUAUCGAUACUUCGCUAAUCGUUGACGAACUAUUUCGUAGAUUAUAUUUGGAAUCAUUGACUAACUACCUUCGUAGUACAAGCAACGUGUCAUUGGAUCUUUUGGCGUAUGUCAAAGCCGAACAUAUCAUAAUUUUGAUAAAAUCAUAUAUAUUUAAAAUGUCUGUUACCAGUGGAAUAUCCUUUUUAUUGUCUUCCAUUUUAACUGUACUUUUAUUCUCUGGAAUGCAAAUGUAUAGAGCUUGGUUAACGUCUUCGCAAUUGCAUAUUAUUCUUGGAGGUUAUAUCGGAUCGUUACUAUUUAUAUUUAUAUUAACAGCAUUAGGGAAUCUGGAGACCACUGUAUUUGGGAAAUCAUUUCAACAAAAAUUAUUUCCCGAAGUUAUCUUCUCGUUAAUUAUUAGCUUGAUUGCAUCAGGAUUGGUUCAUCGUGUGGCUACUACAACCUGUUUUUUAUUUUCUAUGAUAGCGCUCUAUUAUAUGAACCGAAUAUCUCAAGAAACCUAUGCCACACCUAUACCAACAAUGUCAAUGCAUUCAAAAAAAAGAAAGUAAAUGGUAUGAGUAUUCUAUUUAUCGCGUCAUACUCUUGUAUUACCGAUAUAUAAAAUAAUGUUUUAAUUUCUUA